UAUUUAACUCAAUCUUUACAGCAUUUUCGUAUUCUUAAUGCACCUUUAUGAUUCGUUUUACUUGUUUAAAAAUAGCCAUUAUAACAAACAACAUAGAGUCUAAAAUGCUUCAGAAGAAAUGAAACAAUGACGUCAAACAUAAGAACCAAGAUGGCGACAUCAGUCCUCCAACCAGAAUCGCGACGCGAACACGAACCGAAGGCGGAAAUAGCCGAGUCCCUCCGACUGACCGACGAUGAGCGCAUGGCGAUCCUCGAAGCGAAAGAGAGGGAAACAGGCGAGCUGCCUGCGGAACUGAGGGAGAGAGCUAGAUUGGAGCUGAGAGAAGAACCGGCGAUUAGGGAGCACGCUUUGGCGCAGAUGAGGCAUUUUAUUGAAAAGCAUCCGGCUAUAAAAAAGUCUAGGACAGAUGCACCAUUCCUUCUCCGGUUUCUCCGAACCAAGAAGUACUCCGUUCCCCAAGCAUGCGCUAUGCUGGAACGCUACCUGACGCUGCGCCAGGUCCAUCCUCACUGGUUCCAGAAACUAGACCCCCUGGACCCUAAAAUAGCGGCAGUGAUUGACGCCGGGUAUCUCGUUCCGCUGCCGAAAAGAGACGCUGAGGGCAGACGAGUCGUAUUAUCUUGCAUGGGCCGGUUCGACCCCCACGUAUACGACAGCUGCGUCAUGGCGCGCGUCCACUCCAUGAUAGUGGAGAUGCUGCUGGACGAGCCCCGGAGCCAACUCCUGGGUUACACCCACGUGAACGAUGAGGCCGGCAUGCAGAUGCCGCACGUUAGUUUAUGGUCCUUCAACGAUGUUAGAACCAUGCUCAACUGUAUCCAGAAUUCAACACCGAUGCGCCACAAGUGUACUCAUUUCGUCAACGUACCUCACUACGGAGCCAAGUUCUUUGAAUUCGCCGUAUCACUGCUGAGUGAUAAAUUAAAGGACCGGGUUAUGUUUCACCGCAACACCCAAGACCUGAAUAAGCACGUAGAUCCCGCUAUUUUACCAAAAGAAUAUGGCGGCACGGUUCCUCUACGCGAUAUGAUCGAAGAGUUGAAACGCAAACUUCUUAAACACAGGGAAGAAUUACUUGCGCUAGACGAAAUGUGUGUCGAUGUAAACGCUCUCGAGAAGAAUGAUAUUACUCAAGAUGUUCAUUCCACAGCUGGAUCAUUCAGAAAACUUGAAUUGGAUUAAGAUAUCUCAGUCUCUACAAUUUCGGCUUUUAGUUUUUAUUUUAUUAUUAUAAUUUGUGACAUUCUACUCUAUUGUUGUUGUGGAUUUAAUUUUUAAGUAUGUUAUAGUAACAUGAGCUGGCAGAUAAUUCUAAGCUUUCCAAUAGUUUUACAGACUUCAUAUUAUAUGUAUACAUAGAUCUCAAUGGCUUCCCCUUCUAAUUAAGGAACGGGUUAUAUGCAAUUAUUUCAGUAUUAAAUACCUAAGUUUUACU